AUGAAUUUGAAUGUAUCAAAAAGCACUAUCAGUCGUAUUGCUAAUGAAGUUGGAAAGCAACGGCAAUUGUGCUUAUUGAAUAGUGAAAAACCAAAGUUUCAUCGUCGUCGUCACACAGCAACACCUUCCAUAGUUCGUCGUAUUACAUCAUACAUUAAUCAAGAAAAUUCCCAAACCGUUUCUUUAAUGGCUGCAAGGUCAGUACAUCGAUUUUAUCCAGCUAUUACUGAAAAGAGACCAUCUCGAGCUUGGCGUAUGUACCGACGAUUAUCAAAUGAAAAGAAUAAGAAUUAUCUAACUACUGAUGAAGCAUGGUUUUAUCUCGAUGCGAGUCAAGGUACAAGAGAUAUAUACUAUGUUAGAAGUAAUCAACUACCAGCAGAAAUAAAAAAAAUUGAACAGAACGAUUUACAUCCUGUAGCUGUAAUGCUUUGGGCUGGUGUCAGUUCACAUGGAAAAACUCAAAAAACUAUACGUACCAAUAAUCGUAUAAAUCACGAUCUAACUGAUGUUCCUUCACAUAACUAUCCACGGUCUAUAGCCAAAAGUCAUCAUUGGACUUAA